AUGAACUUUUUUAGUUUUAUUAUUUUAACUAUCUUCCUUUGCAACUACUUUCUUGAUGCUGUUGUAGGUGUAAUAAAAGGUGAAAUAUGUGAUGGAGAUGCAUGUAUUGCAAAAGGCAUGAAAGAAAAAACAAUGUGUUGGUGUGUUCAAAAAGAGAUAUGGAGAAAAGGAAAAUUCAUAGAAAGUGAAUGUAUUUGUUUUGGUGGUCUUGGUUAA